GUUAUUAAUCGUUGUAGAAGCAUCUUUCGUUUGUUUGCGUACAAUUUGGCAUCGCCGACCCUUCGUGUUUGUAUCGACGUCCGUGAUGAAAAUAAAAAUUGUAUUGGUCUUUAAGCGGUUGCCUUAUUUUUAGAAAAAGUUAUAAGUAGACAGGUUCACAUCAGAAUUGUGAAUAGUUGCUAUUUAUCGUUUUGGUGAUGGUUAAUAAGGAAUUGAUUUCCUUAUUUUCAUUUUGGUGGAUGUGCGUAUUGUGUACAAUAUAAUUAUAACAAACUUUUUAUAAAAAGAAAAUGAACUAUUAACUGAUCUUGGUGUUUUCAAAAUGAGACAAGCUGUGGUUUUAGUUAUGUUUUUAAUUUCCUUGCCCAAGGACUCAAUCAAUCUCAACGAAUCUAUAGAGCCUCUGUUUCAAAUUGGUUCAUGUGCCCCCAAUUAUUUUCGUUGUGCCUCCGGUCAAUGUAUACCAUUGGCAUGGCACUGCGAUUCUCACCGAGAUUGUGAUGACGGCACUGACGAGCCACCGGAGUGUAUUGCAAACCAUGCUUGUAAAUUAGAGCAGUUCCGCUGUGUCCUGACUGGAAAAUGCUUGCCCAAUGGAUGGGUUUGCGACGAAGAACCUGAUUGUGGGGUAUCUCCUGAACUUGGACCAGAUACGUCUGACGAAGACUCCCAACAUUGCGCGCGAGGUGUACAUUGUCGCUGGAAUGAGGCCUCUUGUCCUAGUGGAUUAGUGUGUGCUCAUUUGGAAACAUUUUGCGAUGGCAUUCUGGGCGACUGUCCCGGCAAUAGUGAUGAAUGGGACUUUUGUUCUAAUUCAACGACAUCUUGCGCUAGAAUGCAGUGUAGUUACAAAUGUAAACCAACACCUUCAGGACCUCAAUGUUAUUGUCCUGAAGGUCAACAUUCCGAUGGAAGUAAAUGUCUAGAUGCCGAUGAAUGUGAAUAUGAUGAUUCAUGUUCACAAAUUUGCACCAACACAAUUGGCUCUUUCAUUUGUUCCUGUGUUAAUGGGUAUGUGGCGAAUGGUACCGAUUGUGUCGCUGCCGACGAUUCAACUUCACCUUCAUUAAUUUUUUCUACUCAAACGGAGAUACGAAGAGUAACGUUAGGUGGAGAGACUUGGCCAGGCAAUUCAGUUCUUUAUCUGCUUAAUAGCAAUGCUUUAGAAUUCAUUCACCGAAACCACAGUACUUGUUAUAUACACCACAAUGUGACAAAAGCUUCUUUGAUGUGUGCUGAUAUUAAUGACUUCAAUCAGAAAUGGCAAUUGACUGUUAUAUCACCGCUGCUGGAGGUAGAAUUUAUACAGCAAAUAGCAGUGGAUUGGGUGUCAGAAAACUUUUAUUUCUUAGACGAUCAAAGAGAAAUGAUCAUUUUGUGUACUAGAAGUUUGCAGUGGUGUAAUUUACUCAUUGAAUAUGAAUUGGCGAAACCUAGAGCGCUGGCGUUGGACCCAACCACUGGCUAUAUGUUUUUUACAAAAUGGGGCCAAUCGCCACCUAUGUUAGAAAGAUGCAACUUGGAUGGAACAGGAAGAAGGACCAUCGUUCAACAUAAAAUCGUUUAUCCCUAUGGUGUAACUAUUGAUUAUCCUACAAAACAAGUUUAUUGGGUAGACACAUAUUUAGACUACAUAGAAAAGGUGGAUUAUGAUGGCAAAUACAGAAAAACUGUUUUGAGAGGGUCACUGGUACAAAAUCUGUAUGGGAUCACGGUGUUUCAGAACACUGUUUUCGUUUCCUCAUGGUACAAUAAUAGUAUUCUUGGAUUUAACAAAUUUGAAAGGGAUAAAUUGAAUCCUAUGACUAUUGUGAAAAAUAUUAGUAGGCCAUUCAAUGUUUAUAUUUAUGAUAAACUGAGACAACCUGAAAUUUUGCAUCCUUGCAAUGAAUCUCUUCACUGUGACCAUCUAUGUGUACCAUCUUGGACCACAGAAGGUGAUCCAGUAACUAAGUGCCUUUGUGCCUCUGGUUAUAUCCACGUUGAAAGUAAAUGCAUCGUGAGAACACCUCAAGUCUUUCUGUUAGUACUGAAGAGCCGUCCAUAUUCUGUUAGAGGUGUUAAUUUAAAUACAGGAAACGAUACUUUAGUUCCUAUACUGAAUAUCGGCAGAGCUAGUGAUUUGGAAUUUGAUGCAGUAACAAAAUCCAUAUUAUACUUUGAUGGACAUGGUGAAACUAUACAAACCAUUUCUAUCGAUCAGAACACUCCAGCUAGAGUGCUCUUAAAAGACGUAAGAUGUGAUGGUUUAGCAUUAGAUUGGGUCACAAAUAAUCUAUACUGGACGAAUUUAGAGAAACACACAAUCGAAGUUGGAAAGUUAUCCAAUUUCUCCUUAACUCGGACACUAAUACAAGAUAAUGGUUACCAUCCAACUGUGAUUGCAUUAAACCCAGCACUGGGUAUAAUGUUUUGGGCUGACUGGUCUAGCAUGAAUCCAGAGAAUGGUCGUAUUGGCACUGCAUUUAUGGAUGGAUCAAACCAAAGAAUAUUUUUAAAUGAUAGUGUUCAUUGGCCAAGCGGUUUGACCAUAGAUUCAUUGAAUGGUCGACUUUAUUGGACUGAUAAACAUUUAAAAACCUUACAAAGUAUCAAUUUAAAUGGCAAGGAGCGCAGAAUUGAGUUGAGUGGCUUAGGCUCACCAAUGAGGCUAGCCUUUGGACCAAACAAGAAGUUAUAUUUCAUUGAAUCUGUGAAUGGAACCGUUUUGAGUUAUAGUAAACAGGAGGGAGUGAAGAAAGUUUAUGACAUGAAUGGAACUUUGCAAGACCUACAGAUAUAUGAUUCUAACAGAAAACACAACUUGCAUUCUGAUUGCUUAUCCUGUCCUGAACUUUGCCUGCUUGGAGGCAAUGCGUCGUCAGCCUGCUAUUGCAGGGAUGGGUAUGAAUAUUCGAAUGACACAAACACUUGUGUAGUACUCAAAAAUUACAAAAUACCUUCCCUGUGUUCCGAGGGUUUUUUUCAGUGUUUUCACAAAAAACAUUGCAUUCCAAAUUCGUACCUUUGUGAUGGAGUUGAUAAUUGUGGAGAUGGUUCAGAUGAGUCUGACAGUGAAGGCGGCCCUUGUGAAAAUAUUAAGUGUGGAGAACAGCAGAUUAUGUGUGACAAAACCACAUGCAUAGCUCGGCAUUGGGUUUGUGAUGGCGAAAAGGAUUGCUUGGAUGGGACUGAUGAGGAUCCAAAAAUGUGUUCAAAAAUAUGUCCAAUAAACCAAUUUAAAUGUAAAAAAUCUAAAAGGUGUAUUCCGAUGGUAUGGCGAUGUGAUAAGGUGAAUGAUUGUGGCCCAAGUGAUGAUAGUGAUGAAAGUGAUUGCAAACUUAACACUUGUGAUAUUAACGAGUUUACAUGCAAGGAUGGCCAUUGCAUACCAUCGCGUUUUUAUUGUGAUUCUAUUAAAGAUUGCGAUGAUGGAUCUGAUGAAAUAGAUUGCAUCGUAUGUAAUCCUAUGAAUCAGACAGUGUGUAAACCCUUAGGUGAUUGCUUAUCAAAAAGUUUGCAAUGUGAUGGCAAAGUAGAUUGCCCUGAUGGUUCUGACGAAAGAGAGUGUGGGACUAGAAUAUGCGAAGAAAAUGAAUUUGCCUGCACCAAUUAUGAAUGUAUACCUCAGGUGUUUAUUUGUGAUUCAGAUCUAGAUUGUGUAGACGGAUCAGAUGAAAUUAACUGCGAUAUGACAAAGAAACAUAACAUUACACAGCCAAAUAGAAUAGAUUGCCCUCUACCUAAUAAAAACUGUGACAAUAACACCAAAUGUAUCUCCCAUUCUCAACUUUGUGAUAACAGGCAAGAUUGUUCCGAUGGUUCUGAUGAAGGUCAAAAAUGUAACGAAAUGUUAAAUGCAACCAACACUCUGACGACUAUGUCGUCGCUUCCUUGUGAAUACCCCUUUAGGUUUUGUGACAAUGAUACCAAAUGUAUUCCAGUUGUAAAACUUUGCGAUAAUAGGAAAGAUUGUCAAGACGGAUCUGAUGAAGGGAUGAGAUGUGGAGAUAUGCUCUGUGAUCACAGUUUCAUAUGUUCUCACAUUUGUCAUAAUGCUCCAGAGGGUCUAAUUUGUUCCUGUCCGCCACAUCUGCAUUUGCAAGCAGAUAAAACUAACUGCCUAGAGACACACCCAUGUAAAGCAUGGGGUGUCUGCUCACAGCAAUGCGUAGCUAGAGGUUCAAGAUAUAAGUGUACAUGUUUAGAUGGGUAUGUGCUUCAAGAAGAUGGCUUCACUUGCAAAAGUGUUGAUAGUGGUAGACCACAUGCAAUAUUUAGCAACAGACAUGAACUUCGGGGACUCGAUUUGCAUACUUUUAACCAAAAAUCGUAUAUUUCCAGCCUUAAAAAUACCAUAGCGUUGGACUUUUAUCACUCCAAUAACUCUGAGAUGAUCUUUUGGACCGACGUCAUUGAUGAUAAAAUCUAUAGAGGCUCCGUGGUGGGUGGCAGUUUAGGAAAUAUUGAAGUUGUAGUGCAGACAGGUUUAUCUACUGCUGAAGGAUUAGCGGUUGAUUGGAUAGGACAAAACCUUUACUGGGUUGAAAGUAAUCUUGAUCAGAUAGAAGUAGCGAAAUUGAAUGGCAGUUUUCGCCGAACUCUAGUUGCUGGAGAGAUGGAAAGUCCUAGGGCAAUUGCUCUGGAUCCCAGAGAUGGAUACUUGUUUUGGACUGACUGGGAUAAUACCUUGCCGAGAAUAGAAAGGUGUUCACUAGCUGGUUUAAACAGACGCAUUGUUGUGAGAAUAGAUAAUUUUAGUAAGGGGGGAUGGCCUAAUGGAAUAACUUUAGACUACACUAUGAGACGUAUUUAUUGGGUUGAUGCUCGAUCAGAUUCAAUACAUACAGUUACUUAUGAUGGAAGUGAUCAUCAUGAGGUUAUGGGAAAUCAUGAAAUGCUUUCGCAUCCAUUUGCAAUUACCUUAUUUGAGAACUAUGUAUACUGGACAGAUUGGAGAACUAAUAGUAUUGUCAGAGCAAAUAAGUGGACAGGGGGAAAUGUCAUGGUUAUUCAGCGAACGCUCACUCAACCUUUUGAUAUAAAAAUAAUGCACCCCAGCAGACAACCCAGUGGACCAAAUCCAUGUAAGGAAAAUAAUGGUGGAUGUUCGCAUUUAUGCCUGUUACACUUGAAUCAAACAUAUCGAUGUGAUUGUCCCCAUAUAAUGAGGUUGGGCAAUGACAGUCGUACCUGUGUCAUCAAUGAAAAAGUCCUUCUAAUUGCAAGACACGGCGAAAUUCGGGGUGUUGACAUUAAUCAACCUUACUACCACACUAUACCUACAAUAAGUCUUCCACAGGUUUUGAGUCCCAUUAAACUAGAAUUUGUGGCAAAAAGUAAAACUUUGUUCUGGGCAGAUUCCCAAAUUAAUGAAAUUAAAUGGUCAAGUCUUAUCCAUGGACCCACCCAGACACUAAUUGACACUACCUUGCAAAAUCCAUCUGGACUUGCUAUUGACUGGAUUUCAAAUUUGAUGUUUAUUUCGUCAGACACUGGCAUAAUGGUCUGUAACACAGAUGGCGAAUACAGUGCCCAUUUGCUACAAAAUGAAUUGAUUCUAUCAAUCAUUGUCGAUCCAAUUCGAGGUAGAUUGUUUUGGAUUUCCAAAAACACUGUAACAGCUGUACUGGAAACCAGUGCUGAAGAUGGAUCUGGUAGGGAAUUUGUUUUAAAUCUAACCAUAAAUUCAAAAGGCCUUUUUUUUGAUCCCGACUCCCAACGAUUAUAUUGGAUUAGCAAUUUUGAAAUCAUGUUUUGCAAUUUGAAUGGCACAGGACUUACUACACUUGAUUUACCAACUACAGUCAGUGUCUCGGCAUUUACUGUAUAUAAAGGUCAAGUGUAUUAUGCCAAUGAUCACGAUCAUUCAAUUUAUAUUGCAAACAAAACAUCGGGUCAAAAAAAUAAUAUUUCGACGUUGAGAAACGGAACCAGUAGCAUUCUAUCUUUAAGGAUAUAUGAUCAAUCUGAACAAUAUGGUCAUCACCCUUGCGAAAACGGUAGUGAAUGUCAGCAUCUGUGUUUGCCAAAAUCGGAAACUACUUUCACGUGUAAAUGUGCAAUUGGAUAUACAACUGAUCCUCUCAACUUAUAUAAAUGUAUUGGCGUUGCCGAGUUUUUGCUCUUUUCAAUCAAUUGGGAACUUCGAGGAUUGUCAUUAAGUAACGCAAGUAACACGACACAAGUAUUAGGACCAAUAUCUAGGGUAUCUAGUGCCACUGCUAUCGAUUUUAUUGCUGACGAAGAUUUGAUAUUUUGGGCAGAUAGUGAACAUGGUACUGUGACUUGUAUAAAACGAGAUGGUACGGAAAGAAAAUUAGUAAUUGAGCAGAGCGAAGUUGUGGAUAAUAUUCCCAUAGAUUGGCUUACUUGUCUAGCAACAGAUUGGAUAGCGCAAAAUAUAUAUUGGUGUGACUCAAAAAGGGGUACUAUAAAUGUAGCACGAAUGGAUGGUACCAAAGAACAUGUGUUAUUGUCUAAUGAUACUAUUAAACCAAAUUCCAUUGCCCUUGAUCCAGUAAAGGGUUACAUGGUUUGGACUGCAGCUUCGCGCCUUGAAAUCGCGACCUUAGAUGGGCAAAAUAGAAGAACCUUGAUUGCUAAGCCAAGACAUUUUGUAGAUGUCGCUUUAGAUUCAGAAAACGAACUUAUUUACUUUUGUGAUUCAAACUCUAACACUAUUGAGAGAAUAAAAUAUGACGGCACUAAGCAUAUGGUGGUUUUAAACCAUUCCUUAGAAAAUCCAGUAGCAAUAACACUGUUUCAUGAUAAAUUGUUUUGGAUGGAUACUUCUCAUGUGAGGGGCAGUAUAAAAGAGGCCCCAGUCAGUAAUCUUUCUGAUUACAAAAUUAUUCAACAAGGGUUAGGAGAGUCUCUUAAAGACAUUCAAGUUUUCUCUAAAGUAAAACAAGGUGGUACAAAUGGAUGCGCGCAAAAUAAUGGCGGAUGUGAGCAAUUAUGUCUCUUUAAUGGUACUAUCCCUAUAUGUGUAUGUUCUCACGGUCGAAUAUCACGAAACGGCAAAACCUGCGAACCUUUUGAGACUUUUCUAAUGUAUUCGCGAGUGGUUAGUAUUGAUUCAAUCCAAAUGAUGAGUGAUAGAAAUCUUCAAAAUUCUCCAUAUGCUAGCAUUAAGAAUAGUACACUUUUAAAAAAUGCCAUAGGUCUUACUUUCAGUUAUAAAUAUCAACGGCUCUUUUAUUCAGAUAUACAGAAAGGUUCCAUUAAUUCCGUCCACUUUAAUGGUUCAGAUCACAUAACAGUGGUUGAAAAACAAGGUUCGGUUGAAGGUUUGGCCUAUGAACAGCUACAUCACGCUCUCUAUUGGACAUGCAACAACGCAGCCACAAUCAGUAGAAUCAAUUUAACUCAUUCCAAUAACGUUGUUAAUACAGUUGAGAUGGUAGUCAAGCUGAGAGUUCAAGAUAAACCUAGGGGAAUAGCAGUUGAUUCCUGUGGUGAACGGGUUUAUUGGACCAAUUGGAAUGCUCAUGAACCUAGUGUAGAAAGAGUAUUCUUUUCCGGGUACGGUAAAGAGUCAAUAAUCACAACUGAUAUCCGAAUGCCAAACGCAAUUACUCUAGAUCAUAAAGCUCAAAAAUUGUAUUGGGGAGACGCGCGACUUGACAAAAUAGAAAGAUGUGAAUAUGAUGGAACUAAGAGAGUAACUUUAGCGAAAGUUACUCCUCAACAUCCUUUUGCGUUGGCCGUAUAUGGAGAUUUUCUUUAUUGGACUGAUUGGAUGUUACAUGCUGUACUGAGGGCCGACAAAUUUACAGGGCAAUACGUAGUUGUACUUAGAAGAGAUGUUGCCAAGCCAAUGGGCAUCGUAACAAUUGCCAAUGAUACUGAAGACUGCUUUUCAAAUCCUUGUAAUAUUGGAAAUGGGGGAUGUGAAGAAUUUUGCGAUUUGACUGUUAGUGGAACUGUAAACUGUUCUUGUUUAGACGAUAGAAUACUUGGAACAGACGGAAAGUGCUACUAUACCAGUUUAACUUGUGGCAGUUUUGAUAACAGUUUUAAUUGUUCGGAUGGAUCUUGUAUUCCUUUCCAUUUAACUUGUGAUGGCGUUAGUCAUUGCGCUGAUCAAUCUGACGAAGAACCAGCGUAUUGUGGAUUUAGGUCAUGCCCCCCGUCUUGGUUAAAGUGUAUUAAUAAAAAAUGUGUUCCAUUGAACCUUACUUGUAAUGGAGUUGACGAUUGUGGAGAUGCCACAGAUGAAAUAAAUUGCAACUGCUCCAAAGAACAAUAUUUUAGAUGUAAUAAUGGAGAAUGUGUCCCAAACAGUGUCCGUUGUGAUAGUGAUCCUGAUUGCAAGGAUAAUUCAGAUGAGAUUGGUUGUCCCGCACCAAAUUGUACUGCCAUCCAUGGUGCCAAUUUUAUUAACUGCAAUUCCACUACUUCAUGCAUUCAUAUAGAUUGGAUAUGUGAUGGUGAAGAUGAUUGUUGGGACAAUUAUGAAGAACUAAAUUGUUCUACAUCCAAUAAAAAGUGUGACUGGUACCAGUGGCAAUGUCCGGGAGGUCAUUGUAUUAAUUCUACUGCCAGAUGUAAUGGCCAAGAUGAUUGCCAUGAUGGCGAUCAUAUAGCGGGUGUCCUUAGUUCUGAUGAAAAAAAUUGUGGAACAAAUUUUUGUUCAACUGAUGAAUUUAUGUGUGUUGGAGAUACUAUAUGCAUUCCUGUGUCUUGGCAUUGUAAUGGUGUCUAUGACUGUUCAGACGGUAGCGACGAAAUUGAAUGCAAGCAUCAUUGCAGAUUCGACAAAUUUCAAUGUAAAAAUGGUGAGUGUAUUCCAAAAGCUUGGCAAUGUGAUGGAAGCCCUGAUUGUUCGGAUCAAUCAGAUGAAACAGAACACUGCAGUCACACCUAUUGCAGCAAGUUAGACUUCCGUUGUAAUGCAACUGGGCGCUGUAUUCCAUUGGCUUGGCUUUGUGAUGGUGAAACGGAUUGUGAUAAUGGUCAAGAUGAACACACCGACCAAGGUUGUCUCAGCAAUGUGUGUACUGAAACUCAAUAUCAGUGUCGAAAUGGAUUUUGUAUUAGUAGAGAAUAUUUUUGUGAUGGAGAUAAGGACUGUAAAGAUGGUUCCGAUGAACUUGAUCAUUGUUAUCGAAGUUGUUCGCCUGGCGAAUUUCGUUGUGAUAAUGGAAAAUGUGUCUUGGAACUACACCGAUGUGAUGGGGUAGACAAUUGCGGUGAUAAUAGUGAUGAAGGGCAACAGUGUCCUUCCGAACCAGGACUAUAUUGCCAAACGAAAGGUUGGUUUCAUUGUGCCAAUGGUGUUUGUAUUAAUGACACGCUGCUCUGUAAUGGUGAAAAUAAUUGCGGUGAUUACUCGGAUGAGAAUAAGUGCAACAUAAAUGAAUGCUCUGCAUUACCUCCGAUCUGUGCACAACAAUGUAUAGACCUUCCAGUAGGUUAUGAAUGCAAGUGCGACUUAGGAUACCGAAUUUCAUCAAAAAACAUCCAUCACUGUGAUGAUAUUGAUGAAUGUGAAGAUAGACCUUGUAGCCAAAUAUGUAAAAAUACUAGGGGAUCUUAUCACUGUAGUUGUCAUGAACAUUAUGUCUUGCAUUUGGAUAAGAAGUCUUGUAAAGCCAACAGCACAGAAAAAGUUUCCUUGCUGCUAGCCAACAGGUAUUACAUAAGAGAGUUAGAUUUACAGGGCAAUUCAAAUUUGUUGGCUCACAAUCUCACCAAUGCUGUCGCGUUAGACUAUGAUUGGGAGACACAGUGCAUCUAUUGGUCUGAUGUUACCCAGCUGGGCAGCACCAUUAAGAAACUUUGCGAUUAUAAAAUGAAUACAACUGUUUCAACUGUAGAGCUACUUCAUUCUUCCUCAAGUUUACAAAAUCCCGAUGGAUUGGCAGUAGAUUGGAUUGGAAGAAACUUGUACUGGUGUGACAAAGGUUCUGAUACAAUAGAAGUGUCAAGUAUGGAAGGCCGUCAUAGACGCAUACUUCACUCUAAAGAUUUGGAAGAACCUCGUGCCAUAGCACUGGAUCCUAUAAGGAAGUUCAUGUAUUGGACAGAUUGGGGCUCAAGAGUUCAUAUAGGUAAAUCAGGCAUGGAUGGAUCUAAUCCCCGAGUGAUAGUAAAUAAAAAUUUGGGCUGGCCGAAUGCUUUAACAAUCUCUUAUGAAACAAAUGAAAUUUUCUGGGCGGAUGCGCGUGAAGAUUAUAUCGCUGUUGCCGACUUUGAAGGAAAUAGGAUGAAAGUAAUUGCAAGUAGGGAAAAAGAUAGCAACCUACAGUUGCACCAUGUAUUUGCUAUUGACGUUUGGGAGGAUUAUAUUUUUUGGACUGAUUGGGAAACCAAAACAGUUGAAAGAUGCAACAAAUACACUGGAAAGGAUUGUUCUUCAAUCAUUUCCACAGUUCACCGUCCAAUGGACAUUCGUGUAGUCCACCCUUUCCGACAACCCAAACUAAAGGUUAAUCCUUGCGAUCAAGCAAAUUGUUCAGCAUUAUGCCUUCUUUCCCCUAGAGCUCCAUAUUAUAUCUGCGCCUGUCCAGAAAAUUAUGUUCUCGGAAAAGACGGUAAAAAUUGUGAAGCAAAUUGCACCAGCGCUCACUUUGAGUGUAAGUCCAGCUAUAAAUGUAUACCAUUUUGGUGGAAAUGUGAUACACAAGACGAUUGCGGCGAUGGAAGCGAUGAACCACCGGAUUGUCCAUUAUUUAAGUGUAUGCCAGGGCAAUAUCAGUGCAAAAACGGUCAGUGUAUUCACCCUACCGAUUUAUGUAAUGGCAUUAAUAAUUGUGGAGAUGGAUCUGAUGAAACCGAUUGUGAACAUUAUACGUGUCUCAAUACUCAGUUUAGAUGUGAGGGCAAUGGAACAAUAGGACCAAGAUGUAUUCCUUCAAACUUGCGUUGUAACAAGGUAGAGAACUGUCCAUUAGGAGAGGAUGAAUUAAACUGUCCCCCAAUUACAUGCCCCUCCAGUCAAUUCAAAUGUGACAAUGACAAGUGUAUUCCUGCAGUUUGGGUUUGUGAUAAUGAUAAUGACUGCGGCGAUAAUUCAGAUGAACAGCAAGUUUGUGAUAAACGUACUUGCGAAGCUCAACACUUCCGUUGCAAUUCUGGGAGGUGUAUUCCUUUGUCUUGGAAAUGCGAUGGAGAUCAUGAUUGUGGUGAUGGGGAAGAUGAACCAAAAAGUUGUAGCGAGUUAGAAUAUCAUACUUGCGAACCAACAUAUUUUAAGUGCAAUAACAAUCGGUGUAUUCCCGGCAGAUGGCGCUGCGACUAUGAAAGUGACUGUGGAGAUCAAUCGGAUGAACACAAUUGUGUGCCUCGAAAUUGUUCAGAAUCUGAAUUCCGAUGCAAAAAUGGAAAAUGUAUAAGAGGUAACAUGAAAUGUGAUGGAGAAUUUCAAUGUGAAGAUAGCUCAGAUGAACUAGAUUGUGACACUCAGUGCAAAGAUAAUGAAUUUCAAUGUUCACACCCAAAGAUAUGUAUUUUUAAAGAAUGGCGAUGUGAUGGAGAAGCAGAUUGUGGUGAUGGAUCAGACGAAGCAAACUGUACAGAAACAUGUCCACAAAACGGCUUUCAUUGUGAUAAUGGCUACUGCAUUUAUGAGGAAUGGCGGUGUGAUGGUACAAAAGAUUGCAGUGAUGGUUCAGAUGAAAGUAAUUGCUUUUCUACUGCUUGUCCGGCCGGACGUUUUAGAUGUAAAAAUCAUACUUGUGUACCGAUCAAUUUUUUGUGUGAUGGACAGUACCAAUGUAGCGAUAAAAGCGAUGAAGACAAACACAUUUGUAAAAGAUAUGGGUUGUGCCCUGCACACCAAUUUACCUGCAAGAAUGGGCGAUGCAUAGAUGGAAGAUAUCAUUGUGAUGGCAAUAAUGAUUGCGGUGAUAACAGUGAUGAGGCAGAUUGUGAAAAACCAUCUUGCGCUUGGGGCACGUGUUCACAAGUCUGCAUAGAAGUCAGACAAAAUUACACCACAUGUAAAUGUGUUGAUGGAUAUAAACAUAUUGGAAGUGGCAAAUGUCAAGCAGAGGGACGAUUGGCCGAGUUGGUUUUGGCUUCUGAAGCAGAACUAAGAAUGAUUUCACCAUAUAAAAUGGGCGAUAUAAAUAAAAUGCGAAAGACGCUAGCUAUUGCUCCGGGAUAUAAAGUGGACGCAGUAGAUAUUUUAUAUGAAAAAAGGCAGGCUGAAGCAUUUUGGACAGAUCAUCAGAAUAAACGGGUUCAGGCAAUGGAAAUACAAGUUAGUGAAGAUGGUAGAAUGAACAGGGACGCGGAAACUGCUAGAACGGUCUUGUCCAAUCUUCGAAAUCCAAGGGGCAUAGCUCUCGAUUGGGUGGCUAAACGUAUAUACGUAACUGACGGUAAUCGCAUAUUGGUGUCCGAUCUUAAAGGUAUUUUUAAUUAUACCUUGACAUCCGGUAAUAUGCAAGAGCCGCGGGAUAUUGUUGUGUCUCCUGGAGAUGGUCUUAUAUUUUGGGCAGAAUGGGGUGGUGUUCCAAGAAUUGAAAUGGCCAAUAUGGAUGGAUACAAUCGAAGCGUGCUAGUAAAUAAAUUAAUAUGUCCUGCGGGGUUGGCUGUAGAUUAUCCCGCUAGAAGAAUCUAUUGGAGUGAUCAUAUUUCAAUGAUGGUAGAAAGUAUUACAUUUGAUGGUAAAGAUAGACGGGUUAUACGAAAUUUUAACAAAAGUUUAAAGCCUUUCAAGCUAGAAAUAUUCGAAGAUAAUCUUUUUAUAUCGACGUACAAACAUGACGUAAUCAGGCUUAAUAAGUUUGGUACUGGGAACAUAGUCCAUUUAGCAAGUGGACUUCCCCGAAUUUCAGAUAUUUUGAUACUUCAGGAGCACAAGAGGCCGAAAUUUAAUAACUCCUGUUAUGACUUUUGUAACAACAAAGAAUUUUGCUUAUUGACUCCCAAGGGCGCCAGGUGCUUGUGUGCUGAUGGAUAUGUUAAUGAUAAUCUUACGUGCAAAGCAGUAAAUAUUGUGCCUGCAACUUCAUCCAAAUGCCCAUUCAGUUGUAAUGCAGGAUAUUGUAAUGUAAGCGCUAUUCAUGGGCCACACUGUGUUUGCCCACCUGAUUAUAUUGGAGAACGUUGUCAACAUUUUCUAUGUAGCCAGUAUUGCAAAAAUAGAGGAGUUUGCAUUGUUAAUAAAGAGGAUACUUCAGCUCGGUGUUUCUGCCCUCCUCAGUGGUAUGGGAAACGAUGUGAAAAGCGAAAACUUUUGUGUAGCGAUUUUUGUAGAAAUGGAGGAACAUGCUCUUUAAUGACUACUGGUUUACCCCAUUGCCAUUGUCGAGAAGGCUUUUUUGGAUAUCGUUGCCAACAUUGCACCAAUUUUAGUUGUGAGAAUAAUGGUGCAUGUUACUUUAAGAAUGAAACAUCUAUUUGUCAUUGUCCAAAUGGGUAUAGCGGAGAACACUGUGAGAUUUCAGCCUGCGGAACCCAUGGCACGAUUGUUACAAAUUCCACUGGACUUUUUUGCAAUUGUCAAGAGGGUUAUACUGGUCAAAAAUGUGAAACACAAAUUUCUGAUUGCAAAUGCCGACAGGACGAUGGAUUAUGCAUAAACUGUGAGGAUUCUAAUCGUAGUCUAACUAAUUUCGACUGUCGUGGUUAUUGUCAAAAUGGAGGUGUCUGCCAUCUGUCUGAACCUAAAACGCCGACAUGCAUCUGCAAAGAAAAGUGGAUAGGACCAACAUGUACCAUUCCAGAGAUUUGCCAAAAUCAUUGUCAAAAUGGUGGUACAUGUGCAGUAACGGAUGGAGUCGCUUAUUGUAUAUGUCUAUCUGAAUACCAAGGACCCACAUGUAAUGUUAACCGAAGAGGUGAGAAUAUCUACAUUGGAAAUGAAGUUAAGGGCGAGGGAAGAAGUAUGUGGGUUCCAAUUAUGUCUGCUUCAGCUGUUAUUUUAGUCGUCUUGAUUUUGGGACUAAUUGGAUUUGAAUAUUUUUACCGAAGAAGAAUGUUUUUUUCACAUGAAAGAUUGCAAGAGCACGAUUUUAAUAAUCCAAUUUAUCAAGACCGAGAUGCUGAACCUUUCACCCUUGAAACUGAUAAGUCUGGAAAUUUUGACAACCCAGUAUACGAAUCUGUUUAUAAUGGAAAUUCAAAAGGCAAGGAAGAGAAAGCAAUUUUAUUGGAACAUAGUGUUGAUAGACUUCCUUUACCGCCAACGGAGGAACUGUAAUCUUAAUAAGCAAAUACCUCGUGAUUUAUUUUUUUUAUAUUUAAGUAUUUUUUGCAAACCAGGUUAUGACAUAUUCUUUGCUGAAGAGAACAUUGACCAUUGGGCAUACCAGUCAAAAGUGAAACAAACAUUUAUUUUAAAUACUUAAUUUAAAUGUUUUAGUUUUGACAGUGUUUGUAUCAUUUUUUGAUGUAUUAUUAUUUGAAAACGUCUUUUUUGAUUCUGCAAAUAUAUGGUGAAACACUUGAGUAGCCUCUUACAUAUCAUUUUUCUUUUAAUUGAACAACCGGAAUUUAUGUAACUUAUAAAAUUAGAUUUUUGUGUUAUUUGAAUUAAUGCUAACCGAUGAUUUUUGUUACAAAUAAUCAACUAUUUAUUUUUCCAAUUUUCUAAAAUUUACAAAAAAAAUAUAUAGUGCGUUUGACAUAACAAAAUACAAUUUAAGUUAAAUUUUCUAUUCGUAACAUAAUAUGUACGAUGAUCAUAACAAUUACUUAGUUUAAAGAAAUAUAUGGCAAGCAACUCAAUUCAAAGGACUUACAGUAUAUGAACCUCAUCUCGUUACUAAAUGAUGUCGAAACAUAUAUUUAUUAUAAUAGAUGUGAUGCCUAGAAUCUUAGAAAUUCUUAAAUGAGAAGAAUUGAUAAAAUACAUUUUUAGAUGGUCCAUGUUCUUUGCCCAUAAUUACGCCAGUAUCUGUCAAUACUCAGAAAAUGAAACCAUUUAAUGGGUUCUUUUGCAGUGUCAUAUGUGAAUGUGUUUUCCAAUCUGUAAAAAUGAUACAGAACAUAAGGCUGCUAGAGUAACAUUACUUUUAAAUUAUAUUAGUAACAUUUCUCGUUGUGCAGCUUUGAAUUUACAAUUAAUAUUAUUUGUAAAUGUAUUUUGGGAAUCCUAUUUUUCAUUACAAAUUCUGUGUAAAUUAUGAAAAAUUAUUGAAGAGUUUUCCAUUAAAACCAAAUGUGUACAACAUUAAUUUUUUAAAAAAAUUUCAAUAAAAAAAUUACAUAUA